AACUCACGAUACUUUUAACCUACGUCCUUGCCAACCAUUAUCUCAUCGGCCGAGAAGUUGAUACGCUUGCCUUGAACUAACACAAAAGACUCCCACCGCCCUACACCAGACUUCAACAUGUCCGACGACCAGACCAGAACCGAGAAUAUGUCUAUUGAGGUUGGCACCUCGCUAGCCAUCCUUGACGGAGAGCCUGCUGUCGCCCUUUCCUCGUCGCCUGCAGAUAGACGGGCCAGCACCGACGAAUGGGACGCCUCGAAAGUGCCACCGAGCCGCUUCCAGAAGCGCAAGGGUUCCAUCUACGCCACUCCUGGUUCUCGUGAUGGUCAUGUCGACCGCAAUUAUGCCUCUAGCUUCCACGAGAAACACACCGAGAAGGGCUACACCAAGACGCCUUCAAAGUAAUAUAACAGCCUUUGAAGGGACCCGAGGGAACAGCCGACUGGCCCACGUUGUAAAAGUAGGGGUCAACAACCGUCGAGCGAGCGCCCAGCAGACUGUACAUGGGGGAAGGGGUGUCACACCGUAUCAGCGAGG